AUAAAUUUAGUGAUACUCGGUCCCCCAAGCCCCAAGUCGGCGCUGGUCCCCGAUUCUUCGCAUCCAUCAAGAGAACGAGAGUCGAGUCAUGGGAAGCCCAUACCAGGGUGAGCACCGGUGAGCACUGACAACUGAUGGUGACGAGUGGGUAUUGGCAGAACAAUUAUACUUCUCAGUCCAUUCAUACUGUUGCUUCUGAUCGCCAGCCACCAUGGUAUCUCUGCCGUCUGAUCUCCCCUAUCUAGCUACGCUUUCUUGGUCGGAACUCUAUGAGUUGUACUGGGAAGAAGUGCACGAGACCGCUUGUCGGGGAUUUGUGGACGGAGUCUGGUUGAUGGUGUACAUAAUCAUCCCAACGUUGUUGCUAGAGAUGUGGUCCUUUGAAACUGCUGCAGCCUUGUACAAGAAAAACGCUCGCUUGUACAAAACUGCUUUUGCGCUCAAUUUUUUCAACCAUUUCGGGUUGGGUGCUAUCUGCUACGCUUUUACCAUUACAUUCUUUGCCAAGAAUGUGCCUCACCCCGUACUAGCUAGUACUGAUUCUACUGACAGCACCAUGCUGCUCUUGGCUAGUUACUAUCUAACCAUUGCUGGACAGGUAUUGACUCUGAUGAUUGUUCAUUCUCUGUGUUUUUAUACCGUGCACAGAAUCUUUCAUACCUAUCCCAAACUCUACAAAUGGCACAAAUUCCACCACUUGUUCAACACUCACGUCCCACCCAUUACUGCCAACGCCGUGUCCCCGGUAGAAUAUCUCAUUGGAUACCUGAUACCCUUUCUCAUCAGCAUGACACUGUUCCAGCACUGCGAACUGGCUCUUUGGAUUGCCAUUCAAGUCGUGAGUAUCUUCAACAUUGCCAUGCACACCCCCAAGCUGGAACGUUACUAUGACAAGAUACUGCCCUCAUGGAUGGUUGGGACGGGAGAUCAUUUGGAGCAUCACAAGAGACUGAACUGUCACUACGCAGCCCCCACCCUUGACCUGGACUAUCUGGUGGAAGUGAUUGGUGAAGAAGUGCACGGACUUUUGCACGGAACCAGUGUUUCGGAUUUCAAAAAGAAGCAAGACGAUGAAGUUUCAAGAUAGAUAUAAGCGAAACGCUGUGCGUGCCCCUGGAGGAAUGGGUCAACAAGGGUGCUGGGUCGAUCGAUUGCCUCUGGCUGCAUUAUUGGCGUGUCUUGGGCUUUUAGUUACAAAAAAAAGAUAUCAGAUGAGCAAGACGCCCGAGCGAGAGAAGCAGAGCUACGAGCGCUUGUCUCAUUUGACGAGGUAUGCAAUCGGGAAACAGCAGACGAAAGAAGAUCUGUGCAAGUUAGUUAGUACUUGUAACUCUACUCUAGCAACGGCUGAGUUUGCAAUGGGAUGAUUGGCUAUGCUAUGCGUGCAAUCAAGUUCUAUUAGUUCUUCAGCCAGUUAGCCAGCCAAUGAAGCAUGCCAGGACAGACCAUGAAUGUGGAUCAGGCAGGGAGGUCGCUUCAUUUCGAACUUGCUUGGCUGCCUCUCCAUGCAGCGUGGGAUGCAGGGAAUGCUUCUAAGUGGCCCCUUCUGUGACUUCUUGAUGAUGCCAAGCAGAGGGACGUGCGCGAGUAGCACGUCACAGCCUAAGAGAGUCCGUGCUUUCAUUCUGCACCCAACCAAGCAAAGGGAAACAAAUGAAGCUUCGCAAUGCUGUUGCUAGCUGCUGCACCCCAUGCCAAGAUAACAACCGCACGGCCUGGAUGGCUGCUCUUUAUAGGCGCUGUUGUGGUCUUUUCGGUUGUGAAGGAUCCUGGCAUCAAGCAGCCCCCCCAACAGGAUGUAUGUGGGGACUUGCGAGGAUUCACUCCUCGCCAAUACGUUCGUACUAUCAGGGCCAUCCUGAUACCCUUCUUCGCAAGGAGGAUAGUCACUAGUAAGUUUGUCCCUCAAGAUCCCUGAAGGAAAAGCUACUGUGCGGUAAACUAAGCAAGGUAGAUAGAUGUACAUGAAAGGUUUAUCUUUAGUUCAGUUUAAUGAUUGAUUGUUCCGUCA